AUGCAGGGCCUGCGGUUAACAAAAACCCUAGCUGUGAGAGAGAAGCGAGUGGUGGUGACCAAUGACCUUCUCAAAGGCCAGCUGACCGCAGUCGUGUGCGCCGAGCAGAUCGCCAUAUUAGAAGGUUUGGUGAGGCAGAAGCUAAAGUACAUGAAGUUCCUCAGGAAACGCAUGAACACCCUACCCUCUCCCGCCAAAAUCUUCUGGCACAACGUCCGAGGUGAAUUGGGGUUUGUGAUCAAUUGUGAAAUUAGGGAUUUGAGGCUUCUGAAUGGCCACAAAUAUUGCUUGUUGGGUCAGCUUUCGUCUGAGGUCGGAUGA